AUGAAGUGUCAGAACUUUUCCUGUGGACCCAACGAGAAGUGUGAGGUGAAGAACGGAGUCAGGGCUUGCCAGGCUGUUGGAAAGGGAGUUUGUUCCAUCUCAGGUGACCCACAUUACAACACCUUUGACAACAGCACCUAUGACUUCCAAGGCACCUGCACCUACACUGCAGCUAAAGCCUGCCAUCUGGAAGGCACACACCUCAACCCCUUCUCUGUAGUGGUGGAGAAUGAGAAGUGGUAUGCUAUGUCAUCAGCUCCAAAGGUGUCCGUUGCCAAGCUUUUGGCUGUAGAAGUCUAUGGUAACAUCCUAAUUCUACGCAGGAACCAAAUCGGAAUGAUCAUGGUAUGUAUAUGAUUUUUUUUUUCAUCAUGUGUCUGUGUUCCAUUAAUGAUCCCCCCCCCCAAAAAAAGUCUGGAUGACUGACACAUCCAUACAAAAACAUCACACAAAUUGUGAGUUUAAAUGCAGCCCAGAAAUGAGCGAGUAUGAGAUGAGAAUCUGUUUUGAAUGAGAAUCUCUUUUGAAUCAAACACAACAUGUCUUCCCCAGGUGAACGGCGUCCUGACUAACCUCCCAGUGAGCCUAAACAACGGUGCAGUUCAGAUUUAUCAGGACGGCUCGAAUGAUGUCAUAUUGACAGACUUCGGCCUAAGAGUUACCUAUGACCUUGUGUACCACGUCACCGUCACCGUCCCUGGCAACUACAGAGGCAAGACCUGUGGUCUGUGUGGCAAUUUCAAUGGUAACAAGAAUGAUGAGUUCCUGCUACCUGGUGGACAGAUGGUCAAAGACGUCAACUCUUUUGGGGCGGCCUGGAAGGUCAGCAUGCCUGGGGUGGUUUGUGAGGACGGCUGCAGCGGAGACUUCUGUCCGAAGUGUAACUCUAAGAAGAAAGCAGUGUUUGGUGCUGACUGUGGUAUCAUCACGGAUCCUAAAGGACCCUUUGCCUCCUGCCACCAUGAGAUAGACCCAGCCUCUUACUUCAGAGACUGCCUCUUUGACGUCUGUAUGGCUGAGGGAGAUCGUAAUAUGCUUUGCCACAGUGUUGCUGCUUACAUGUUAGACUGUCAGGACUUUGGUGUAAAGAUCGAAAGCUGGAGAUCACCAACCUUUUGCCGUAAGUAGGUUAGGGGGUUUUCUGACGCUAGACCAAGUUUUCUACAACUCUCUCAGGCUGGUCUCAUAGAGUAGACGUAACAUAGUAAAUGAAAAGGACACUCAAAUUAGUAUGAUAUGUUACGUUUGGUAUGGUUACAUAAGAAAGAAGGUUAUUUAAGGCAAAAACAAAAGGACGGUGGGUUGGGUUGGUUGGGUUGGUUGGGUUGGAUGGGUGGGUGGGUGUAUAAUGCGAACGUAUAGCAUGCGUGUUUGAAUCUCAUCACAGACAACCCUUCCCCUAACCUUAACCCUUUAACCUAACUCCUACGCCUAACCCUAACCUAUAACCUAUCCUUAAUCCCUAGCCAAGCUAAUAUUAGCCACCUAGCUAACUUUAGCCAACUAGCAAUCUAGCUAACCUUAGCCACGACAAAUUGGAAUUCGUAACAUAUCAUACCUAUUGCAAAUUCUUAACAUAUGUGACUCGUUUCAGGAAACUAGGCAUAUGUCGCGCUUUACUACUUCACAGGAGAGCCAACCUUCCCACUAGCCAUGAUUGGCUGAGAUAAUGAGUGGGCUGGAAAUGCCGAGAGAUGAGUUCAGAUGGGUCUGCCAUGUAGCAUGCUUCUGUCUAUAAUAUGAGCUGGUCAGUAUGUGUAGGUAAUCCUUUCUAACAUGGCUUUUUUGAAAGAUAUCACGUAUUAGAACUGCAUAAGUGUUGCUCUCCACUUUCUGGAAGACCGAGUUUUGAAAUCAGUGGAAUUAGAGUAUGAUAGCUAAGGAGAUGCAAAUAUGUAGACGGAGUCGAAAAGAGAACACACAGAAGGCUGUUGUAUAAAACACCUGUCUCCAGAUUACAUCUUCAAACUAAGGGCAACUAUGGCAUCCGUGACAGAGAGGGAGAAGUGUCCAUCCAUGUAUAAAGGUAAGAGAGUCUAGCUAGCUACAAUUUAAGAUAUUACACGUUUCUAAAUUUGUCAGAAAGUCAUUUUCAUUUCAAGUUAAAGUGUACUGUUAGCUAGCUAACUAACGUUAGCUAGCUGGCUAGCUAGCUAACGUUACGUGUAUGAUCUGUGUAAUAAUAUUAUUCGUAUCUCAGAGCCAUUUGCAUUGCUAGUUAUAGCCUAAUGUUAGCUAGCUAGGCAAAAAAGCGUGAUUCAAUUGUUGCCAGCAGCACAGUUGCAGUCACCAACACUCUGGAUAACAUAAAAACUGCCUAACCAGCUCUGCUAGGGCAAGUAAAAUGGUCAGAGUGAGCUGUUCUCUCAUUUGUGUCUGGAAGUAGCUAGCAAGCUAGCCAACGUUAGCCAGUUAGCUUGGGUGCUUGACUGCUGUUGUUAGGAUAGAACGCUCGGAUCAACCCUACUUUUCGGCCAGAGCGUCCAGUGUGCGCUCUGAACGCUCCGAAAGGGAAACACACUGAAUUUACGAACGGCCAAUCUGACAACGCUCAGAGUUUACGAACGCACCCGUAGUAUAAGCCAGCCUUUAGUCUUGAAAUCUUUGGUUGUUUAGCCUCACCUGUGAAUCCUUAAAGAGAUGGGUGGGGCUAAAGCUUAAAAGGGUGUGAACGAUGCUGAAUGGGUGUAGACAAAGAAGCGCUCUCCAGUGGGUACCAAAACAUUCAAGGGCCAUUUUCUCAAAAGUGAGGUUACAAGUUUAUCAACUUUCAAAGCAGAAUUACUUUCCCAUUGUUCCUCAACUGUAGUGUAUGAUAUACAAUUUUCUAGCUCUGAGUCUCAACUUCUAUCCAAUGUAAAAAACACAAUUUCAAAUUUUGCUACAUAAGACCGAAUCAAGCCGGUCGGUCAGAUAUUGUACGAAUUGCAAUUCGUAACAUAUCAUGCGAAAUGUAAUUCGUAACAUAUAAUACGAAAUGGAUGGUGGACUUCCACAAAUACAUACAUACCAUACCAAACGUACAACAUUUGAGUUUCUCUUAUUUUCGUUUACUAUGUUACGUCUACCCAUGAGUCCAGGUUGACUCUCUGCAAAUCAGUCCAGUCAUAACUUUAUUUCGGUUUUCACAUUCGGAUAACCUAAUAUUUAAAGUCAUAAUUAAGAGCCAUGUUCAUGCAAAAGGACUAAAUUAGAGUUAUCUUCUCAUAUGUCCACAGCAUUCUCCUGUUCUGCCAACAGCCACUACCAAACCUGUGCUGAAACCUGUGCAACUCCAUGUCCCGGCCUAUCUGACACCAUCAACUGUCCCACCACCUGUGCUGAGGGAUGUGCCUGCGACAAAGACUUCUACUUCAAUGGUACCGGCUGUGUUAGCUGGGACCAGUGCAGCUGCUAUGCUGGUGGACACACCCUUAAGGUAGGGGCACUGCAAGCUGGAUACUAAAAUUAUACUUUGAGCAUUAUUUGAAAUGUUAUGUGAAAAAUGACAAUUAUUUGAAAUUUUCAGCUGGAACUGAACCUGGUCAUGAACUUCAGAUCUACAGUACCAGUCAAAAGUUUGGACACACCUACUCAUUCAAGGGUUUUUCAUAAUUUUUUACUAUUUUCUACAUAGUAGAAUAAUAGUGAAGACAUCAAAACUAUGAAAUAACACAUAUGGGAAUCAUGUAGUAACUAAAAACGUGUUAAACAAAUCAAAAUACAUUUUAGAUUUUAGAUUCUUCAAAGUUGCCACCCUUUGCCUUGAUGACAGCAUUGCACACUCUUGGCAUUCUCUCAACCAUCUUCAUGAGGUAGUCACCUGGAAUGCAUUUUAAUUAACAGGUGUGUCUUGUUAAAAGUUAAUUUGUGGAAUUUCUUUCUUAAUGCGUUUGCAAAGCUCUCAUCAAGGCAAAGGGUGGCUACUUUGAAGAAUCUCAAAUAUAAAAUAUAUUUUGAUUUGUUUAACACUUUUUUGGUUACUACAUGAUUCCAUAUGUGUUAUUUCAUAGUUUUGAUGUCUUCACUAUUAUUCUACAACGUAGAAAAUAGUACAAAUAAAGAAAACCCCAGAAACAAGUAGGUGUGUCCAAACUUUUGACUGUUACUGUAUGUAUUUUGGAGAGUUGUCUGUGACUCAAACUUGGAUGUGUAAAAGUCUCAAUGAUAUGUGUCUGGGAUGUUUUUAGAUAGGGGAAUCCCUGAUUUCAGACGACUGCUUUGCGGUCCACAUCUGCCAGAAAUCUGGAGUUGUUUUGUCACAGUCUAUGGCGUGCCAGGGAGAAGAGAGCUGUCAGAUCAAGGAAGGUCUACGGGGAUGCUAUCCACUUAAUGCAGGG